UUCCAGACCAGUUGAAAACAGUAAAUUGCGUGUUUGAAAACAGAAUUGAAGUCACAGGAACAGCCUAUGAAAAUGGCAUGUAACCUACCUAACCAAAGACAGCGGUCUAUGUCAACAGCUGGAGAAGCUCUAUAUGAAAUUCUUGGUCUGCAUAAGGGAGCAUCAAAUGAAGAGAUUAAGAAAACCUACAGAAAACUUGCCCUGAAACAUCAUCCAGACAAGAAUCCAGGUGAUCCAGCUGCUGCUGAAAAGUUUAAAGAAAUCAACAAUGCCCAUAGCAUACUAACCGACACAUCAAAGAGAAACAUAUAUGAUAAAUAUGGAUCACUGGGACUCUAUGUGGCUGAGCAAUUUGGAGAGGAAAAUGUCAAUACCUACUUCAUGCUGUCAAGCUGGUGGGCAAAGGCCCUACUCAUCGUCGUUGGCCUUUUGACUGGCUGCUAUUUCUGUUGCUGCCUGUGCUGCUGCUGCAACUGUUGUUGUGGCGCCUGCCGCCCCAAAACAUUGACGCCCGAAGCAGAUGUCUACGUGUCAGCAGAAGACCUCGAGGAACCGAUCAAGACUGACCUGGAAAAGGACGAAAGGGGAGAUGUGGACCUUCCAGUUGUUCUUCAGCCUACAAAUGCAAAUGAGAAAACACUGCUAAUCCAAGAAGGACCUCAAAGUUACUGCACAGAUUCUUGAUGUUAAGCCUGUUGAAGGUCCACAGUACUUCCUCUCUAUUCAGUUAUUUCUCCAGGUGGUCAUGAGGAGGACAGGGACAUGAAAUGCUGGGAACUUUUUUAGAAGUUUGUAUUUUGCUUUAGGUUAAGAGAAGAUGAUUGUUACAUAAUUUUCCCAGAAUGUAGACUUUCUCUCUGAGUAAAACUUCCUAAUGAAACACAUUCAAUUUUGCUGAAUAAAGGCCUAAAGAUUCAUUUUAUGAUCUUGGCAUGAGGUAAGACCAUGGCAUGGGGCAGUCUUUCUGAAACUACCCUUCAUGUGAGCUAGGCUUUAUAUUCAGACUAAAGUAGUAUUCCCAAACAAAAAACAAUUUUUAUCCAUUUAACUAAAUGGAAUAUUUAUAUAUGCUGCAAAUACAAGAAAAAUAUACAGAGAACUUGGAAAGAUAUUUUUGUAUGUGGAGGUCUUUUUCUGUCAAUAUUCAGUAUGUAUCAGAAAUAUUUCAAAAGGCAGGAAGAGAAGAUUAUAUUUAAAAGGACAGAUCUAUAUUUUUAGAAGAUUAAAAAUUGGCAUUUACUGAAAAUCAACAAGUAAAACCAUGAAAAAAGAGCUUUUGUGUCUACUUUUAAUUGGCUUAAAAACAAAAACAACUUCAACCUGGCUAAAUCUUAUAUAUAAUCCAGAAAAUCGUUCUAAGCCUGUACCAGCCCCAAACAAUGUAUUGACCAUUUUUUUUAACUAAAAUAAUUUUUGUAUAACUGGCCAAGAUUAACUACCCUAAAGAAAGAAAAUAUAUGGGAUAAAGGGUAAAAUUCUAAAUUCCAUAAUAUAAAUUUAAAUUUAAAGGCAUGUCAUCCCAUUUUUAGUGGAAUUAAUUGCACUGACCAGAAAAUGCUCAGCUCUGUGCAUUUUGAGCAAUCUAAACUCAGAAGUCAUGUCUGCAUUUUCUUGUUUGAUUCUUAAAUUCAUCUUGUGGUAGAAACCAUGUGCUAUUUCUAAAAUGAUACAGCAGCUAAACUGUUUGUUGUUUCUGAGUCUUUCUUAGUUCUUUAUAUAAUAUUGCAUUUUUCAAGAUCUUGUCAUAUUUUUAUACAAUUUUGCAUGAAAUGCUAUUUCUUCUUUCUUUCUUAUUCCUCCACCACCAAUUA